GGUAAGAGGCAGUAUCAGACUGCCGGAUGGUCCAGUUACACUGAAGUCCGCAACGUUACCUGAUAGGCUUUGAUUUCGGUAUCAUUCGAUACAAAGGAACUGAGCACAUCUCUAAGCAGCACCGAGAUCAAAACAGCGUGGGUUUAAACAUGCCAAACUAUAAAUUAACCUACUUCAAACUGAGAGGGAGAGCAGAAACAGCUCGAUACAUUUUUGCAUACAGUGGAAUAAAUUAUGAAGAUGAAACAAUUGAAAGAUCUGUUUGGGACCAUUUAAAAUCAAAUCUGCUGUUUAAACAACUUCCGAUUCUGAAAAUUGAUAAUAUUGAACUGAACCAGAGCACUGCUAUUGCAAGGUACCUGGCUAGAGAAACAGGCUUAGCUGGGAAAAGCAGCAUUGAACAAGCUCAAGUGGAUGCCAUUGUGGACACAAUCAAUGACUACAUGAACCUAUUUCCUUGGACCGAGAAGAAUGAGGCUGUGAAACAAAGGAUGAAUGAAGAUAUUGUCACCAAUAAAAUACCCAUACUUCUGGAAGGCUUGACCAAACUCCUGGGGGACCGAUCUUGGUUUGUUGGCGAUUCAGUUACCUGGGCAGAUUUUCACUGGGCUGUCUGUUCGAUCACUCUCAUCAACCUAAAUGCCAAUCUGCUUAACUAUCCCAGUUUGUUGGCUUUGAAAGAACGAAUUGAAGCUCUCCCUCAAAUUGCAAGCUGGAUAGAACGGAGACCAAAGACUCCACUGUAAAGUUACAGCCUCAGUUCUCUGGAAAGGCUAUUAGACUUAAAAGGAUUUUACAUUUCCAGACUAAAGUAUGAUUCACGCAGUAUCUUCAAGUUGUAAAUACUAGUCUUUAUCUUGGAAUAAUUGCUAUAAAUUUCAGAGAUUGAAGCUUUCAGUUUCUAAUCUGUUAGGAUGUUAAAGAGGCUCCAAAGACAAGGCUCAUCCUAAAUGGCUUAAGUUUGCAAUAUUAGGAAGCAUUUCUUCAUAAAAGGCAGUAGAAAUCAAUAACCUAUUCUCACAAAAAUAAAUGGAGCUUUAGAGAGAAUUCAGAACUGAGUGAUAAAUUGAUAUACAGUCGGAUUAGGGAUUGUGAGAAAUGUAGUUAAGAUACAGAUUAAGCUCAGGGCUUGAAUGGCAUCCACCUACUCAGCACUUGGGAUGAGAUGGGGUAGUUGUCAUUCUGGCCUGUUCUGUGACACCUGGUUAUGUCUAAGCAACAUUGUCUUCUUGUCAGAUUGAAAUAUUUAAAUCAACAGUUUAGGCAAUGAAAUAAUUAAAAAUAAUUUCAGAAUUUAAAGAUACUACCAAACUGAUUUAAGUAACACUGAGAAGGGUUGUGCCAGGUGACAAGAUAUUUAUGAAUUUGCAGUACAGCCAUGCUGGGAAAUAAGUUUCAGCAAGUGAUAUAUUGCACUUCAGUUAGUUGAAAAGAAACAAAUAAAAUAAAUAGGAUAUUGGCUUUGAAACAAACAAACCACUAAAAGUAUUGGUGUAGACAGCUCAAUUUUAGGAGUGGAACUGUGCAGAUGUGUUAAACAUUUAUUUGCUAUUGUUUAGAUUACACUUGAAUAUUAUAUACAGUUUUGGUCGUCAUUGUGCAAAGGGAAAGGGAAAAGAUGACCAAGAAUAGCAGCAAAAAUGGAAGGUGAAUGCUCCUGGAAAAGGGUAAACAUGAUAGUUACCAUAUUUCAUCAAAAGAGAAGGCUUAGGGAAGAGGCCUUUAUCACGAUUAGAUAAUUUGAUGGAACAAGGUAGUGAAGUAUAAAACUAAAGGUCAUUUAUGAAAGCCCAGAAAUUAACUAGGGAAUUCAGAAUAAAUACCAUAAGAAAAGCUGGAAUAUUCUUGAAGUUAUCUUGUGAAAUACACCUUCAACUUUAAUAGAUAUGCACUGUAAUAGUCUAUCAAGAUUAUAGUUGGCAAUACAGCAAUGGAGAUGUUUAAUAAUCUAAGCAAUUUAACAUAUGUAACUCAAUUACUGUAAAGCAGCUUUAUGUUUUUAGUUGUGGCUUUCUUAAACAUGAAUUACUGCACUUAUCUGUACAUAUUAUUAAUCACUAUGACAAUCAAAUUGCCUGUACUCUACCUGCAAUAUACAUUUCAGCAUGUGAAUCAAAUAUAUGUGAUGCAAGUUAAUCACAUAGCACAGAAAUCCUUUGGCUCACGGAGGUCGUGCCAUGCACCCACCCACAAUAACCCAACCUCCCCCCCGCCCAUGUUUUCAUCAACUUUCCCAGAUUCUCCCAUUCACCAACACAUUGAGCAACUUAAUGUAGAUGAUUAUUCUACCAAACCUCAGCUUUAGAAUGGAGAAGGAAACUGGAGUACCCAGAGGAAACCUGUGUGGUCACAGGGAGAAUGCAAAUUCCACACAAGCAGCACGACAGCUCAUAAUUGAGUGUGGGUUAUUGGAGCUCAGGCAGCAUCUCUAUUUACUGUGCCCCCCAUUAAAUGUCCCAGAUUGGCAAAGGGGAGUUAAAAGUUCAGGACAGCAUAAAUUCAAUACUGCAUUCAUAAUGGUACAAAAAAACCAUCUGUAAACAAUAUUUGAAGAUAAAUUCUGUGCGAGACUUGAAAAGUAAUAAUGAGAACAAGUUUUACUUGCUACAGUCUGCUCUGCACUGAGUAGCUUCUAGCAAACAUGAUUCUGAACUCUUGGCUACACUGGGCAAUAGCCAUUAGUAUUAUUACUGUCACACCUACCAAAAUAUAGUGAAAAACUUUUGUUUGGCAUGCCAUCUAAACAGAUCAUUCCAUACAAAAGUACAAUUGAAAUAACAAAAAUGAAAACAGAAUGCAAAAAACCAGUAUUAAGUUAGAGAAAGUGCAGGAUGGAUAAACAAGUAAUUUGCAAGGGCCAAGGCACAUCACACCCUUGAACGUUCAUAUAAGCAGCUUUGCUUGAAUAUGAUGGUACAUGCUUUUCUAUCUUUUACCUAUUGGGAGAAGGGUGAAGAGGGAGGAUCCUAGACCAUGUUGGCUGCUUUUCCAAGGCACUGAGAAGUGGAGAAUGAUCACUGUGGGGACACUGCUGAUGUGACAUUUCAGAUACUAAUUGUGAGGUUGGAAAUUUUGCUCUAUGUUCAAAAAGUAUUUUAAAUAAAUUUAUAAUUAUAAUAGCAUAAAAUUAAUAGCCUUAGUAGUAUUUAUAAUCCCAAGAAAAUAAUAUCUUGAAUCAACUUCAUUAACUAGAUCGUGGAAAUUUCACAUAGAGAAUACAUUUCAACUUUGGUAGCAAUUGAACCUAGGACCAUUGUUAACAUUUGUGGAAGUCAUUGGCUUACAAGAUAAUUCAGGUAUAUUUUGUAUUCCUUAACCUUUUGUGAUAAUUUGGCUAAUAAUAUGCAGACUGAGCCAGAAUUAGGAUACAAAGCCGUUAGAAAUUUCCUAGGUUCUACCUACAGGUCCUCCCAAUAAUGAACUCCCAAUUUAUACAAAAGAAUGAAUGUUUGGGAAACUAGUAGGAUGGCUGUUGUGGACUACAGAUUUUUCUGCUGUGUGGAGCUUGGUCCACAACUAGUUUUCUGAUCAUCAUAACCUGGGGAUCACAAAUAAUGACUUUUAACAGGAAAUACAAAUUUUCUAAUAUGCAUCAUGCUAUUGCAAAAGUAAAGCAAUACAAAUGCAAAUUGAUUCAUUAUUGUACUUGUCUUUAUAUGUGCAUUAAGACUGUUCUACUAGUCUUUAUGUCCUGAUACAUUUUCUUCUAACCCCUUAGCUCUUGAGAUUUGGAACAUUUCCAAUUGAGUAAAGUUCUGCAUUACUAACAUGCAUGCAGUACAAAAGAUCAAUCCCACUUAAUAUUGUGAAACAUGGACAUUUAGAUCCAUUUAUAAUUCAUACCAAUU